AUGUCAUCUCAGUUUGAAAAAGUAUUACCCAAUGAAAUACUAUUAAUGAUAUUUGAAUAUUUAAAUGUUCAUGAUUUGUUUCAAUCAUUCUACAAUUUGAAUAAAAGAUUUAAUAAUUUAAUCUAUUCAAUGCCUUUAUAUCAUAUUGAUUUGAAUAAUAUUGAACGAAAAUCAACAUUCGAUUAUUAUCAACAUUCAAUAAUACCAAAAAUUCAAUAUCAACAAAAUGAAACAGUAAUUGUUUUAGAUAUUGAUGAUGAUUUAUGUAAUUGUAUUAAAAUUCUCGAUCAAUUAAAACAAAUGAAUUUAAAAUCAUUAAGAAUAAAAAACUUCAAUGAAGAUAAUAUCAAUUAUUUACUAUCAAUAUUACCAAUGUUUACACAAUUAGUAUUCUUACGUAUUCAAUCAAAAGUUAAUUUAAAUUUAAAUCAAUUUGUACAAUUAAUCACCAUACCUUCAUUAAAACAAUUUGAACUUUUGUUUUUAAAUUAUUAUUAUCCUUCAUAUACGUCAAUAAAAUCACAAAUAAUAUUAUCGAAUAUUGAAUAUUUAUGUGUUUAUCGAUAUUUUCAAAUUAAACAAUUUCAAGAAUUACUUCAAUAUCUACCAAAAUUAAAAAAAUUGUUUAUAUAUAUUAUACAUGGUAAUUACUUAAUGCCUAUUAAUAAUAAUCUUCAUCAAUUGGUACCAAAUUUAAACGAUUUACAAUUAUAUGUACAGAAAAUAGGAUUUGAUGAAUUACAAUUAUUAUUACAACCAUUAUCUCAACAAUUAAAACGUUUAGCAAUAUCUUGUUGGUCAUUUGAAUAUAGUAAUGGGAAAAAAUGGGAAAUUUUUCUAAAAUCGUUUUUAUUAUUAAAGCAUUUUCAUUUGGAUAUCACUUUAUACGAGUUACCAUCAAAUUCAAUUAAUAUCAAACAAAUAUUAUCAACAUUUCAAACAAAAUUUUUUUUCAAUGCUCAUUGGUAUUUUGCAAUUGAUUAUAAUCCAAAUGUUGACAUCAAAUUUGUUCUUUAUACAUUACCAUGGCCCAUUAAAUAUUUUCAUACAGUCUUAUAUAAUGUAGAAACAUUAUCAACAAUAACAGAUCAAUCAUAUUCAACAAAAAAUGUUCAAAAUUUAUAUAUUCAAUUAUAUAAUCAAGUAUCGAAUUCAACACCUACAGUUAAUAAAGGUAAUAGUCAACAUUAUUAUUCGAAUGUUGAAUCAUUAAUUUUAAUUAAUCGUUUAUCAAAUAAUAAUGAUCAAUCAUCUCAAAUUAUUGAUGAUUUAUGUCAUAAAAUUGAUUUAACGAAAAUAAAAUCAUUAAAAUUUGAUAAUUUUGAUGAUUUACAAACAACAUCUAUUAUUGAUAUAAUCAAUUUUAUACCUAAUUUAUUAGAAUUAAAAAUUAUUUUUAAACUCUAUUUACAACAUCAAAAUUUAAUAUCAAAUAUAUCAACAAUUCAAACAUUAAUAGUUUAUUUUGAUUCGGAUGAUCUCACUGAAGACAUAUUAACAAAUUGCUUUUCAUUAUUAUCAAUAAAUAUAAAAAAUCUAACAUGUAUAACAAAUAAUCAAUAUCAAAUAUUGAAUUUAUUAGAAAUUUUAUAUCAAUUCAAAUUUUUAAAUAUAAAAAAAUUAUUAUUAAAAAUUAAUAAUAGAACAGAAAUAGAAAUAUUUACAAAUGAAUUUAUUCAAUUUAUUGAAGAAUUUAUGAUGAAAAUGUCUUUAAAUGAUAAAUAUGAUUUUAUGUAUAAAAUCAAUGAUAAAAAACAAUUAGUCAUAUGGUUUUAA